AUGGAUCAGGAAGAAGGGCUGACGGCCGUGGACAAUGUAGUCACUCAGUUCAGCACCUAUGAAGAUUUCCUCGAUUCGCAGAUCACCACCGUGGACUUGUACUACCUGGAGGAUGAAGGCCUGGCCCGCCAGUUGGUGGAGCUAGGCUACCGAGGGACUGGGGAAGUGGUGAAAAGGGAAGAUUUUGAAGCAAGAAAGGCAGCUAUAGAGAUUGCAAGGCUGGCUGAAAGAACUCAGAAAAAAACACUAACAAGUGCUGGUAAAAACCUACAAGAUAGUUUUCUGAAGGCCUUGGCGAUGAGAGAAGAAGACAAUCGCAAUGGAAAAAUUAGCGUGAGUAGAUUUCAGCCAACAGCUGAAAAUGUAUACAAUAAAAGCACUUAGUAAUAAUAAUAUACUUUUCUUUCCUGUAAUUCAUGAGGGGUAUAAUUGCAUAGAACAUUGGGAAUAUAACUCCAUAAUGGGAAAAAGAGA